AUGUGCCGUCCCACGUUGUUGCCUACCGGGUUCAACCACUGGCUGGGUCCACGGUCCACUACACUACAGUCUACGACCUCUUGCUUCGGCUUCUCUGCCGCGUUUUGUUUCCCUUCGACUUCUUUGUUCAUCAUUUACCUGAAGUCCACCACGGCGACCACGCGACCACGCGACCACGCUUCUCUUCCCUCGACCAGCUCAGCAAGACAGCAACCAUCUGCAGCUCGAAUGCCCGAAAGAAACCCACAACUUGCCUUCCACGGACACCUCGACUAUCACGAUAACGAACAGCUCACUGUCUCUGGGCCUUCGCUUCGGCGUAGGCGAGUUUUGUCGUGGUGGUCUGCCAGCCUCACCCGUAUCGAUUGGAAGACGGCUAAAGACCUUCGGUCUCUCGCAGCCAACGGCCACACACCCAAUCGGCCUUCAACGGGCCAGCAGAUGGGACACGGCAAAAAGACUGCACCCUAUCUUCCCUACCCUAUCCACCUCGACGAACUUGCCAUACUUGGGACCCUGGGUUCCAAAAGCUCAAUGGCCGCCCAUGUGGCCGUGCUGAUGAGCAAAUGUGCAAAAGACCAUAUGGUGGUUAGCACGACAUAUUUUCUGCGAUCGCAUGCCCCGAGAAGCUGGCGCAAAGAACGAUUACAGCAAACGUAUGAUGGACCUCGCUUCGGCAACUCACCGCGACAACUCCAGUCGUACUCGCAACAUGAACUCACAACUCGCGCCAUGCCUUCAUCCACUCCCCACGGUCACGAGACGACCAUACAAUAUCUCCUGUCCAUCACCGUGCUGCAGUGCUGCACGGCUGCCGUUGCAUGUGCUCCUGCGAGCUGUCUGCAAUGA